UACUGGAAAGAUAAGGAUUUUUUUGUAUUUUUUUUAAUAGAAGUCAUUUACAAAUCUGUUUAACUUUCUCUCACCAGUUCAUUUAAGAAAAAGAAAUAAUUCUGCCGGAAUCCCCCUUUAAAGCAGUGCACCUGCUUGUGCCAGAAGUGACAGCAUCUCUCUCUAGUAGUAAUUGCUGUGGAAUUCCCUGCACAGUUUGUCGCUGGGGCCGAGACAUCACAUGUCGUCAGUGCACGAAAACAACAGCACGCGAGGGACGAGCAGAGGACGUCUCCAUCCAUCCCAGUCUACACUCAGGAGGGGACAUGCAGCAGAGUCCUCCGGAGACUUGUCAAGGUGACUACGUUGCAGUCAAUCACUGCGCCGCACUAUCGGCUUUUCUCAUUGUUCCAUCUCCAGAGCACAUGUCGGCCUCAGCAGGGAUUCCCAGGAACACGUCCAGCUGCUGCCGCCGGUGACACCGUGCCUUCUACCGUCAGCUCUGCGUCUGGGAACCCUCAUGCAUCUUUAUCCUCUAGAGAGAAUUGGAAGCUGCAGCUACCAAAGACAUUGAAGGCAGUCUGAGGAGGGGCACCGCGCAGGAGAAGGAAGUACAGUUAAUGGAAGAAAGGAAAAACCGAAAGAACGAUAAGAAAAAGAAGGAAGCCGCCUCGAAAAAGGCCUCUGAUCAAAAAAACAAAGUGCCAGAACAAAUACUAAGCCAGCCUCAGCCUGUCAAUGGUAACAGUGGCAUUUCCACCGUAACCAGCAUUCAGAAUAAUAAUGCCAAGCGGCCCACAGCACUCAGUCCACAGCAGCAGCAGCAGCAACAACUGUUGUCACGUUUUCCUCCCCGUGAAGUACCACCGCGAUUUCGGCACCAGGAACAGAAGCCUCUUGUGAAGCGUGGGCAACAGAUUCCCGGCAUAGCAGCCAAUCUGGGUUUAGCCACUAAAGUAUUAAACAAAGAGUCAGAAAGCAGCACUGUAGUGUGUCAGGAGCACACACUGACUGAAAAUCAGCCAGGCAUGCCUCCCAUUCGGGAUUUGGUCAGCCACUCCCCUAAUCAGCUAGAUAUUAAUCACGGCAGUCUAGGAUCUCACUAUGAAAGUUCACACUGGGGAUCAGUCUCUUCCAACGGCGAUUCGGGCACAAACUGGGACAAGGUUAUAGUAGACGGCACGGACAGAGAAGCCUGGCCAUCUAUCACAGGAAACAGCCCAGAAUUAGCAUCAGAAUGUAUGGAUAUUGAAUCCACCACCAACUGUGGGCUGGAAAAAAGCCACAUCGUGCCAUUUGGAGACACCGUAGGGGAAAUGGAUACCAUAAGGAAUGGCAUUGGGCAUAGUUCUCAAAGCAAGCUUUUGAUUGGAAGCAACAGCAAUAAUGCAGGCAAUGGAAGUAUUAAUGGGCCUUGGGGUGUAACUCAUGGACCCAUGAUAAGCACAUGCCAAGAUGGCCCCGAUAGCAAAACAGACAGUAGGCACAACAGGAUCAACGCUUGGGGCACCGUCAACAAUUCAGUCAAUGGAGUUCUAAAUCCAAGCACUUUGAACAUGAAUGGCAACCACGGUGCCUGGCCUGUUUUGGACAGCAAUGGACAUACCCAUAAAGGGUCUAAUAAUUCUGGCACAAAUGUUUCAAGUAGUACUAUAGGUCAGGUGUCUAACAAUCGGAGUAUUAACCCUAAGAUGGGAAGCUCUAACCCAGGCUCCUGGGGAUGCAUUCAGGAGAAUGGAGAUUCUGAACCCAAUGGUACACGGAAGGCUUCUUAUAGUGGACAACCUCAAAACCUUAACACUGAAAUGACUGGACCAAAUAACACUACUAACUUUAUGACCUCUAGUUUACCAAACUCUGCUGGUUUAAUGCAGACAAAUGAACUGCCUCAUUCUACAGGGCAUGGGGCUUGGAGUGUGAGCAACAUGAAUCAUUCUCCACUUCACACCCCUUCAGUUACAAAUGGCACUUCCAUUCCUCACCUUAGCAAUGGCGAGGAAACAAACGGCGGAUCAUACGGUACUACAUGGGGUACCUCCGGCUCAAAUUACUCCGGAGACAAAAGUUCAGUCCCUAAAGGGCAAGCUAAUGGCGACACUGUGAAUGCGACAAUAAUGCAGCCGGGUAUGAAUGGGCCCAAUGGUCCAAACUGUAAAAUCAAUGGGAAUAAAGGAGGAUUAUGGGAGUCAGGGACUGUAAACUCCCAAAAUAUGCAUUGGGGUAGUGAAAACGGAGGGGCUUCUGGUGGAAGAGGAUGGGGAAACCCAGCACAAAACACUGGCACUAAUAUAGCAAAUGGAGAUUGGAACAAACCUAAUAAUCAGCAUUCCAAUGAGGGCGAGAUAGCAGAAAACGGCAGAAAAGCAUCAAAGACCUGGAAGUCUGCCGAAGAAGAGAAUGCAGGGCAAAAUCCAACAGGGUCUAGGGGCAAUGAGACAAGUAAUGUAUGGGCCAAAAGUACAGGUACAGGGGAAAGCGAAGGUAGCGUAGACAGCACUGGAAGCCAAGGCGAGCAGGGUGGCGGUGAUGGGCUACGGCCUGUAGACAGAAGGAAAGUGGACCAACAAACAUUACUCCAAAGUAUUGUAAAUAGAGGUGACCUGGACCCUCGGGUCUUGUGCAACACUGGCUGGGGACAGAUUCCUAUUAAACAGAACACUGCCUGGAACAUUGAAGCUGCUUCGCCUCGGAGCGACAGAAAGACUGACAAUGGAACAGAAGCUUGGGGGGCCUCUGUGUCAAAGACUUCUAACUCAGGGGGAUGGGUGGAGAAACCCAACCCUAAUAGCAAUGAUACCUCAUCAGUAUCUGGGUGGGGAGAUCCAAAGCCUGCUACAGGGUGGGGUGAUGCCAAAGGCUCAGUAAGCCAAGGGGAUUGGGGGGAUCAAUUUGCUGCUACUACUGGAACGGUCAAGAGCAAUCAGUCUUGGGGGAACGGUAAAGAGGACAAAUCCACUUGGAACGAUGCACAAAAGGUCAAACAAGGUUGGGGUGGGCACAACAAUGAAGGCUGGGGAGAAAAUUCCAAAAGUAAUCAUUGGGGGGCAACAAAGUCUAGUUCUAGCAGUGACAGCGACAAAUCUGGCUCUGGAUGGGGAGAUACGAGAUCCAACACCUGGGGUAACGUGAACUCCAAUAAGAAUUCCGGUUGGGUUGAAACUAAAGCAAACGCAAGCCAGGGAUGGGCAGAACCGUCCAAGAUAAGCCAAGGAGGAGGUGGAGAUGCUUCCAAAUGUGGUCCAUCUCAGAUGGAAAGCGAUCACCCACAAUCCAAUAACUCCUCGGAAUGGGGAAAGAAGCCAGAGACGGGAUCAUGGGGGGGCCAGCCAGCCAACAAUAAACCAUCAGGCUGGUUAGGUGGACCCCUGUCGACCCCAGCAAAAGAGGAAGAGCCCACUGGUUGGGAAGAGCCUUCUCCGGAGUCCAUCCGACGUAAAAUGGAAAUAGAUGAUGGAACUGCGGCCUGGGGGGAUCCGAAUCAGUACAAAUACAAGAAUGUGAACAUGUGGGAUAAAAAUACAUCUAAUACAGCCACCAGUGGGGCAGAACAUUCAACCCAAGUGCACCAUCUGCCCCCCGCCACAAGUACAGUGCCAAACAAGGAGAGCAGCAAUGGCUCUGGUUGGGGGGACUCUUGGCCAGAGAAGACAGUUACAGCUGUAGAUAAUGGUACCGCGGCAUGGGGUAAACCCAUGGAUACGAGUGGCAGCUGGGCGGAACAAAAUUCAGACAUGACGUCAUCUGGUUGGAGCCAUACUCCCAUUGGUCAACAGGUUCCAGGCAAACCCGGUCCCAAAUCUAUGCAAGACGGUAGCUGGUGUGGAGAUGAAAUGACUGGGUCUGGGGGCCGUGUCAGCGGAUGGGAUGAAGAUGAUGUAGAAAUAGGAAUGUGGAACAGCAAUUCCUCACAGGAAAACAACUGGUCUCCAUAUAUGAAGAAAAUGCCUUCAAAGGGAAAUUUAAAAAAUGUGAAUAAACUGGAUGACGGCUGGAUGAACCCAUUUGUUAAGCAGUUCAAUAAUAUGGGAUUUUCAAGAGAGUCGCCAGAUGAAACUUCACAGAGCAAUAAAAUGGAUAUUUCUGGAGGAUUAUUACAAGACAAGCGGAUGGAUAUGGAUAAAUCGAGCCUUGUUGGGGAUUACAGCCGGGUGAUUGGGAAAGGCCCUGGGCCUCGGCACCUUUCCAAAGAGUCUUCCAUGGAUCACAAUCCUUAUUUCGAUAAGGAUGGCAUUAUAGCAGAAGAGACACAAAAUCUGCAGUUUAUUGCCAAUCAGAGCAUGAAGCUUCCCCCCAUAAAUAGUGCACUACCUACUCAAUCCCUCGGUUCUUUCCCAGGGCUGACAGUGCCAAAUGUCAGUUCUGUUAGACAGAAUGGCAAUCCCAAUAUGUUUGGUGUUGGCAAUGCAGCACAAGCUCGGGGUCAGCAGCAACCUCAAGCAAUGAACUCAUCUCAGCCUAAUCUCCGUGCGCAAGUGCCUCCUAAUAUGAUGCCCCCUCAGGUUCCUCCCUCCUUACUGAAGUAUCCACCUAACAAUACGGGGCUGAAUCCUUUGUUUGGUCCCCAGCAAGUAGCCAUGUUGAACCAACUUUCUCAACUUACCCAACUUUCCCAGCUCUCCCAGAUCUCCCAGCUACAACGGUUAUUGGCUCAACAACAGAAAGUGCAAAACCAGAGGGGAGGAGGAAUGCCCCCCGGAGGACGCCAGCAGCAGGAACAGCAGGCCCGCUCCCUUGGAAUGCAGCAGCAACAAUCCCGCCAGCUUGAUCCCAAUCUCCUGAUGAAGCAAACAAUGCCUCCUUCACAGCAGCAAAUGCUUCACCAGCCUCCUGUGAAGUCUUACCUAGACAAUGUUCUUCCCCACUCAACCCCAGAACUUCCAAAAGUUCCUUCACCCAUUAAUGCUUUCAAUAGCUUUUCACUAGGCUUGAACUCGAAUGUAAAUAUGGAACUUGGGGGAAUGAAGGAACCCCAGUCCCGCCUGAGGAAGUGGACUACAGUCGAUAACAUGUCUCCUAAUAAUUCACUGGACCAGAACUCCAGUAAACAUGGUGCUAUUUCUAGUGGUUUUAGGCUUGAAGAUUCUCCAUUUGGUUCUUAUGACUUCAUGAACAGCAGUAACUCUCCAUCCAGCCCUCCAGGAUCUAUAGGGGAUGGCUGGCCCAGUGCCAAAUCGCCAAAUGGCUCCAGCAGUGUCAAUUGGCCACCAGAAUUUCGUCCUGGUGAGCCAUGGAAAGGAUAUCCAAACAUUGACCCAGAAACUGACCCCUACGUCACUCCUGGCAGUGUCAUCAAUAAUCUGUCAAUUAGUACUGUGCGGGGUGUUGACCACCUCAGGGACAGAAACAGUGGGUCAUCCUCAUCUCUGAACACCACGCUGCCUUCAAAUAGUGCCUGGUCAUCCAUUCGUGCCUCCAACUACAAUGUCUCCCACAGCAGUACCGCACAAAGCACUUCAGUUAGAAAUAGUGAUCCCAAACCAACUUGGUCCCCUGGCUCAGUCAAUAACACCUCCCUGGCUCAUGAGCUGUGGAAAGUCCCUUUGCCAUCUAAAAGCAUCAGUGCUCCGUCCAGGCCUCCCCCAGGGCUCACUGGUCAGAAGCCGCCUUUAUCUGCCUGGGAUAAUGGCUCCCUGCGCCUAGGUAGUGGCUGGGGAACUUCUGAUUCCAGAUACACGCCAGGUUCAACUUGGGGUGAUAAUAGCUCAGGGAGAAUAACAAAUUGGCUAGUACUGAAAAACCUAACACCUCAAAUUGAUGGCUCCACCCUGCGUACCUUGUGCAUGCAGCAUGGGCCUCUGAUUACAUUCCAUCUGAACCUGCCCCAUGGUACUGCUCUGGUCCGUUACAGUUCCAAGGAAGAGGUAGUAAAGGCACAAAAGUCUCUGCACAUGUGUGUUUUGGGGAACACUACUAUCCUUGCUGAGUUUGCUAGUGAAGAGGAGAUAAGUCGUUUCUUUGCACAAGGCCAGUCAAUGACCCCUUCCCCGGGCUGGCAGUCCCUGGGCUCUGGCCAUUCCCGGCUAGGUUCUCUGGAUAGCCCACACAGCAUCUCGAAUCGCGGAGAUAUCAAUCACUGGAAUAGCCCAGGUGCUUCUGGCUCCAGCUCUGGAGAUCUUCAUGGCACUUCUCUGUGGGGCACCCCAAACUAUUCCUCAAGCUUAUGGGGUAACCCAAGCAGCGAGAGCAGGGGUCUGAGCAGUCCUGUGGGCUCUUUCCUACCCGUCGAUCACUUAAAUGGAGAGCCCAUGUAGCCUAAGUCACCCAUGACCUCAGAUGAUUGUUACUGAUCAGCCCCCGGCUGGACUUUUGUAUGUGUGAAACCUCUGCAGGCUGCACUGCGGAUAGCUCUUCUGCACACUUCCCACUUUUUAUUUUUGCCCACAACAUAUCAGUUUGAAAUACUUGAAUCAUGCAGGCCAAUAUUAUAAUGUGAAAUAGAGAAAAAAUAAUCUAUAUUUACACUUCCACAUUAGUGCUAUCGAUACUAGAACUGCGUCUAUUGAGCUGUUUGUCAGUUUUGAAUUCCAGUUUUAUAUCUUUGUUUUUGGGUUUUUUCUCCAAUGUCCGAUCCCAAUUUUUAUGUCUGAGCUCGGUAUCUACCCAUCUGCCCCUCCCCGUGUCUCCCCAGUUUCUCUGUUGCACUGAAAGGUGCGUCACGUUUUAUGUUUAUCGGAAACGGCUCAAGUGUAACUGUUUACUCUAGCGUGUACUUAAGACAAACACAUAAGUGAUUUACUGCUUGUUAUUUCUAAGAUGCCUUGAUAUACCUACCUAAUUGUGGUAUUACAAAGUUUUACCCCCCCCCACCCCUCUAGCCCUUGAGCGACACAGGGGCCGGCCCAUUGCGGAGCAGUGCGUCAGGACCUCCGGUGCCUCCAGCGCUGGAGGGGGGAAAGGGGGUUAAAAAGAACUGACAGUUAUAACUUAGUUUAAAGAAAAAAUGAAAAGUAUUGCACCAGGUUUUCAUGACUAAAACCUAAUAGAAUUUAGCUCUAUGGUUUUAAUAUAAAAAUAUAUAUAUGUUAAAAAAAAAAGAAAAAAAAUUAAAAAUGAAAAAAAGAAAAAAAUAGUGGCCACAGCUGUGACAUACACCCUACGUGUGCCAGUAGGGGGCAGCACUUUCAAAGGCUUUGCGUUUUGUUUUAGAGGCGCCUUACCUGGAACCUCUCGUUUACAUUUAUUUUAUUUUUUGUCCUUUUGGGAGGGUGGUUGUUGUUUUUGGGAGGGUGGGAUUUUUUUUUAAUUUUUUUUUUUUUAAAUGUUUACUCUUCCAUCAGAUUAAAGACAAAAAAAUAUAUAAAAAAAAUCACACAAAAAAAAAUAUGCUGAAGAUGCUUUUAUCUCUGGGAGUCAAAUUGUCUUUGUGUGCGUGUUUUUUUUUUUUCUUACAAACUUUAUUAAUCCAAAAUAGGGGAAAACCAUCAUGGCGCUCAGGAAUAAGAUAGGUGAAAAGAGUUCCUUCUCCCCGAUAUAACAAAAAAAAAUCACUAGAAAAAAUGCAAUUGUUUGUUGAUGUUUUCGGCACUAAUCGUGCUAAUUUCUCAAUGACUCUUCCUCUCUGCCAAAAAAUUUCCCCCCCACCCCUUACCUGUCUCUUUCCAGAUAAAGAGCUGGUUUUGCUUUUGAUGCUGUGUCUUCUUUAGUGAGUAGUCUGGAGAUUUUUUUUUAUUUUUAUUUUUUGCUGAUAAAAACGAUCCUAUUGUUUGUUUUUUCUUUUAUGUUACUUUCAUGAUGUGGCUCAGUGUCUUCGCUUGUGACAGUGUUUUAAUGUUUUUUUUGUUUUUUUUUUUCUCUAAGCUGAUUAUUUAGUAACUAUGCACAUUUAUGCACAUUGUAACCAAGUACUGGGCUGAUCAUUUUUCUCGUGUGUUGUACAAACAGAAAAAAAAAAAAGGAAAAAAAAUGUAUUUUUUUUUUAAAUGUGUAGACGUAAAUGAUUGCAAAUACUUAAUAUUACAAAAAAAAGGAACACGUUACAUAAUAUGUUGUUGCCAUAAAUGGUAUUUUUCUGCUUGUUUGGUCAAAGAAUUAAAAAAAAAAAAAAAAAAAACUGAACAAGGAUAAAAAAAAUCUAUAUAUAUUGAAGUGUAAAUCCUGACCUUUGACCCUUCCACAGCACAGAAUAGUGGGGGACAGGGGUUACCAGCAGUUACACUCUCGCCUCUUCUACCGAGGUGUUUUUUUUUUUCUUUUCUAUUUCUUCCUCUUUGCAGGGGAGGUUACAGCAGGCCUGCUCCCGUUCUGCCCAGGAGUGCGUCAAUGCUGGGUCCAUAGUAAACAUAUGUUGGGCGUCUCAUAUUAGUGGAUGAUGUGGCAUGUAAGUCUUUUUUGCAACUUUUAUAGCAGUACUUAGGACCCUAAAUUUUCUGUUUAUGACACUCUCCAAAUGUUGUCUGCACCCUAAAUACAUAAAAUUAGAUAUCUCAGCCGAAGCCAAGCUGCUGUCUUAUCGUGUGUAUGGGGGUGUGCCGACUUACUUGGGGACAGAACGACCAGGCUUAUGGCAUCUCCGUGCCUAAUUUUUUACCACCACCUUUGUUCACAUGGCAGAAUUUCCUUGUGGAAUUCCGCAGCAGCAGAGUCCAAUUGAAUUCAAUGCGAUUCUGCCGCGCCAUUCGCAGGCUCGGAAAUUCAACUUCCAGUGUCCGCAAAAAGAAUAGACAUGUCUAUUCUUUCUGCGGACAACGCACGGUAUGCAUUGCCGUCUAUGAGACGCCGCAUUCCCGAGCGGUCCUAGCGCCGCCAUGUUAUGCCAGCGCUCAGAGGGGGGAAUGUCCGCACGGAGAUUCUCUGUGCCGACAUUCCCCCCCUCCCGUGUGAACAUACUCUUUAUGGAGAUAAGCCGCUACUUAAGGUGUCUGGCAGCAGUUUAUUCCUACCCCCUCCCAUUGAAAGCACAUGCACACUUACAGAACUUGAUCAUGCAUGUAAAGUCAGAAUCAGAAUGAAUUAUUUUUUUAUUUUUUAUUUUUUAUUUUUUUUAUAAAGGUGAAUGAGACUUUUACUGUGUAAAUAACUACAUGAAAUCGGCAGCCAUUGUACGAACUGAUCUAUAGAGAAUGCUGCAAUUCAAUAGGGUGAUAUCACUGUGACGGGUUCAACGUGAACCUUAUAAAGGGGGUUGUAUAGGAGGAGAUGGCUAUGAUUUCAUUUUAUUAUUAUUAUUUUUUAUUUUUUAAACAGCACUUUUCAAUAGAGCUGCAAACCUACCCACUUUGGAACAUAUGCAGUUCCUCCCAGGAUUGUCACGCCGGACUUAGCCCUAUUUAAGUGAAUAAUGCAAUACCAGGCAUGGCCUAUAGACAAAAGCGGCACCAUUUCAGAACGCAGCCGUGUUUUUGUCUUUUUUUUUUUUUUAUAUUUUUUUUUAUUCUCUUCUCCUACAACCCCUUUUAACUUUUGAAUCAUUGGAUUGCCUGAAUUCUCACGCACAUCAGUCCAGAUCAUAGCCGCCUCUGCUACCUUCGUGCGUUUCCCAACCAGGGUGCCUCCAGCUGUUGCAAAACUACAAUUCCCAGCAUGCCCGGACAGCCAACGGCUGUCCGGGCAUGCUGGGAGUUGUAGUUUUGCAACAGCUGGAGGCACCCUGGUUGGGAAGCACUGAUCUUAUAUGCACCUUAUUUCAUGCAUCUGCCAAGAAGACAAACCACUAAUCUGAGCCCCACAUAUGUUUAUAACCCCCCCCCCCCCCCCCACAUACCCAUCAGCGGGCACAAUACUUAUCCAGCCCAUUGCCGGGAUGGGGAAGGGGGAUGAUAGGAGCAAGAUUUACUGUGGGUUCUUAAAAAAAAAAAAUUAUUUGGGACAACCAAAGCCAGUUUUAUAAUUAUUAUUAUUAUUAUUAUUUUUAUUAUGAAAGAGAAAAAUUUACACAUGGUGCAUUAAUAUUCCAACCAAUUCCAGGUUUAAACCCACAGAUCCGGUGCAGCUUCUCUUUCCUGACUUAAAAGGCCAGAAACACAUGCAGAGGUAGGUAGAUCCCAGCAGGAAGGAGGAGCAUAAAGUCCCUUUUUAUAUUUCCUGUUCCUGCUGGAUCCAACUUCUGCCUAUGGCGCAAAAAAAAAAGUAAUAAAAAAAAAUGUAAAAAUAAAAACUGCAUGUGUGAUUCCUGCCUCAAUUUGCAAAAAAUUAAUGAAUAAAGUAAAAAAACAAAAAAAAACACACCCCGGCCCGUUCCACUCUGCACACAUUGCCAUUUGCUCAUUGCCUUGACUCUGAUAGUUUUGUGUCAGACGAUACAAAUCAACCUUGUGGCUUUUUAACUGUUUACAGAUAGAGAAAAAUAAUGAUUGUACAUUUUACAAUUUUAUUUUUUAUUUUGUUUUUUGUUUUUUUUUCGAUUUGAUGAAGUUUUGAGAUUAGUGAACCAUGUACUUCUCGCUGCUUAGCCUUUUGAUAGAUGGUUUGUUUGUGUAUUUUUUAUUUUUUUUUUUUUUUUGCGGCCCGAUUUAAUAGAAACCAUUACACGUGGGUCGGACUUUUUUUUUUUUUUUUUUUUUUAAAUAUUUAGUGGUGUGAAACGUGUUGAAUAAUCAGAGGAGAAGUGUAAUAUUUGUGAUGUACGAGGCAAACACUUCAGCGUUUGUUCCUGGUAUAUAAACAAUAUAGCCUUAGAUUUUAUCUGGGAAAAACCUUAAAGCCAACCCGACACCACCUGCGCCGUAGGAAGCGGCCAUUUUUUUUAUUUUUAGUUUGUUUUAUACAGGCGAGGGGGGGUAACGACGACAUGUUGUGGUGUUUCCCCUCUGAACUGUCACAAUGCACAAAAGAAACCGCUACAUGACAAGCCUGUUAAAAAAUAAAAAUAAAUAAAAAUUUCAAAAAAUGGCUGCCGCCACGGCCUGGGAAUCGGGGCCCUGCUUUAAAGAGGACUCUGCCAGAAUAUGUUUCUAACUGUACUAUCCUGCACUAAACUUGUAACUUGAAAAAAAUAUAUAUAUACAGGACACAGCCGCUUGGAAAUGACAAUUGAUAUUAACACUUGAGUAUGCUUUUUACCGCCUUUAUACCUCAGUUAAAGAACAACCCAGCAGUGACUAAAUAGCAUUGUAUUUUCUUUGUAUCUAGCACAUUUUGUCUUGCAUCUUACCCCCCCCCCCGCCCUCCCUCCCUCCCCGGUGCUUUACCAGCACAAUGGUGUUUUUUGUAUUGUGUAGCUAGACACGUUGGUCUAACCUGCCAAUGAGUGCGCUGUGAUCCUCGUACGGUAGUCAUUUCAAGUCCGCCUUCUGUAUUUCAAUAAGACAAACACUUUAUCUGUAACUUAUUGCAAACAGUACUGUAGUGAAUCCUGGCCCUGCUCUUAUUGAAGGUUGGGGGGGGGGGGGGGGGGGGGGCUGGUGAAGGGAGGGGGGGUUAGAGGAAAUGAGUGGGUACCCUGCACGGUAUUAAGUGACACAAUGUGCUGCAGGCACCCAUCACUUUCCCCCAUCUGCCCACCCGCCACUACCCCCACCCCCCCUACCCGAUGAAUAAAAAAGGACUAAUGUGUCAGGAGGCCUGUAAUAAAAAUGUAUUUUUAUGGUCUCGCACACUUUUUUGGGGGGGGCUUUGAUUAUUACGUAACAGAAUAACAAUAAUAAAAA